ACACACACGUGGAGAGAGGAAUAGCUAACCAGACAGCGGAUAGACGUGCAGCAGCAAGGAUCUUGUGAGAUAAGCUUUUUAUUUUUAUUUCACUUUGAAUAUAAAUCUAACCAAAAGCUUAAAUUACUACCAGCAAAACUAUUGCGUAUAGAUUAGCAUAGCAGACUUCGGUGGUUUGCAGCCUCUGGUUUUACCCGAACCCCUUCUGUUGUCAUUCAAAACACGUCAGAGAAAAUGGCGGAACUUGAAAAAGAUGCAGGACUGCCCCAACCAAUGCAGGAUAACCGAGAUGAAGAGGAGCCGGGCAAUUCCAUGGUAACAGAAUGACGCGGAGACUCCUAUUGUUCACUUUAAAAGUAUGCCAAACAAUAAACCAUUGAUUGCAAAGGAAGAGGAGAUGGACACCUCAGAAGACCUGCAAGAUGACAACCUGAUCAAGCAGGAACACUUCCACAGUUCUAAUAAUGAACAACAAGAUGGACAUUUGGCAGUUAGGAGGAACGUAAUAUUAGAACGAACUAAAUUCAACCAAAGACAACAGGAAGCAGGAGAGACAGCUGAUGAUUUUAUCACUGCACUUCAUUGUUUGUCAGAACAUUGUGGUUAUGGAGCUCUGCUCAGUGAGAUGAUAAGAGACCGACUAGUCGCAGGCUUACGUGACAGAAGACUGUCCAAGCAAUUACAAAUGGACCCAGAACUAACACUGGAUAAAGCUGUCACACGCAUUCGUCAAACUGAACUUGUGAAAAAGCAACAGGACCUGCCAGAGUAUACCUUCAAAGUUUCAAGCAACACUGCAAAUAUAAACAGUGUCCUGUCACAUAGCAAACAGCAAUGCCCAGCCAAUUCCCAGUGCCAAUUAGAGAAGAGGAAUCAAAACUCAGAAAGACCACAACAACCCCAAACAACGCAGGAGAAUGGAGAGGAGCCCCUAGAUACUGAUGUCUUCAGUCCUGGAGGAGAAAAGCCUCACUACUGUGCCUGCUGCGGUAGGAGCUUUCAAAAAGUGAGGGAUCUUAUAAGACACCAGCGAACACAUACUGGAGAGAAGCCUCAUAACUGCUCUGAUUGCAACAGAAGUUUUGCUCGAUUAGAUAAUCUCAAGUCACACCAAAAAAUACACGCGAAAGACAAACAUCAUUUUCACUCCACUAAAUGUGUGGAAAGCAUUGUCCUAUUGGAGAAGCUUAAAAAACACCAGCUGGAGAAUACCUUCAAAGCUACCAGCAGUGCAGCAAAUGUAGACAGUAUGCCUGAACUUGGGAAAAAUCAGCACCGAGAAAGACAACUGCCCCAAACAACUCAGGAGAACAGAGAGAAGCCUCAUGAUACUUCCGAUGACCCUAUUGUGAGUUUUAAUAGAGGUGAGAGGCGUCACCACUGUUCCGACUGUGGGAAGAGCUUUACACGAGUUUAUCAUCUUAAAAGACACCAAAGAACACAUACGGGAGAGAAGCCUCAUCGCUGCUCUGAUUGUGGCAAAAGUUAUUCCCAGUCGUAUGAUCUGAAAAUACACCACCAGCGAAAGCAUAUGAAAGGGAAAUACUUCCACUGCAAUCAUUGUGAAGAACAUUUCUCCAAACCAGAAGAUCUGAACAGACACAUGCAUGUACAUGCUGGAGAAAAGCCAUACCUUUGCCCAGACUGUGGGAAGAGAUUCCAGUUGUUAAAUGCAUUUGAAAUGCACCAACAAAAACAUACUUUGGGGCUUCUUGAGUGCUCUUAUUGUGGUAAAAGUUUUUCUAAAGUGGAUAAACUUAAACUACACCAGCGAACACAUACGGGAGAGAAACAUUUUCACUGCCCUGACUGUGGGAAAAGUUUUACCCGCUCAGAUCUUCUGAAAAGUCACCAGAGGACACAUAAGAAAGAGGGUGAUUGUCCUUACUGUGAUAAAAGCUUUUCUGAACCGGGAGAACUAAAAAUACACAUGGAAGUACAUAGUCAAGAAAGGCCUCACCUUUGCCCCGACUGUGGGAAGAGAUUCAAACUGUUAUGGUCGUUGAAAAAGCACCAGCGAAAACACACAGAGAAGAUCUCACCAAGGGAAAAGCGUCACCACUGUUCCGACUGCGAUAAGAGUUUUACUCGCGGAUAUCAUCUUAAAAGACAUCGGGAAACACACACAGGAGAAAAGCCUCACCACUGCUCUAAUUGUGACAAAAGCUUUGCAGGAAAGGAGAGGCUUAAACAACAUCAACUAACACACAAGGAAAAGAAACGUUACCGCUGUUCAAGGUGUGAUAAAAGAUUUCCUGACAUGGCAAAUCUACGAACUCACCUUCCAGUACAUUCCGUAGAACUGGCACUCCACUGUUCUGACUGUGGAAAGUGUUUCUUAAACAAGGCAAAGUUUGAAAGACACCAAAAAAUACACACUGGAAGUGGAAAAAUACCAUUCCUCUGCACUGACUGCGGGGAGGGUUUUACAAAUUUGCGACAGUUGGAAGACCACCAGCGAACACACACUGGAGAGAAACCGUACUACUGCAUUGAUUGCGGGAAGAGUUUUGCACAUGAAAAAACAUUUAAGUGUCACAAGCAAGCACACAAGUUCAAACUCUCUGGAGAAAGAGCAGCCUAUCCUUGCUCGGAAUGUGGAAAUACUUUUUCUCGUUCAUGUGAUGUGAUGAGCCAUUUGAGAAGGGUGCAUAAUAAAGAGAAACCUUUCCAGUGCUCCUGCUGUGGGAAAAGAUUUUUCCAAAAGAACUCACUCACAAUACACAUGAGAAUGCACACUGGAGAGAAACCGUACCACUGCUCAGAAUGUGGUCAAAGCUUCUCCCAAAUGAACGACAGAAAACGCCACCAGAAGAGGCAACACUCUGGAGAGGAGACUUGAUCUCUAUACUACAGUGUGGAAGGCACAGUCAGAGACACUCAAUAAGAAAGGACUACAACAGAAACACACAAAUACAAUAUUGUAACAGUAUCACCAUCUUUAUUCCAGGUUUAUAUUUGUCAUAUCCUUGAAAUAAUUUUGUAUCAACAGUCAAGUUUAUUUCACAAAUGACUGCUGUUUUUUUGUUUGGUUAUCUCGUCACUCCUAGUUUCUACCCUGCAUAAAUGGUAUUUGUUAAUCCUCCCCUGCACCUAAAGCAUCCCAUAAGGCCAGACAACCUAAUAGUUAAGGCUAUUUCAAAUAACAAAAAGUGUAGUUAAUAUAGGGACUUGUCUAUUAGAAUAAAAGUCUAACUGGACAAUGAAUAUUAGGGAUGUAAUCAUCACAGUAUAGAAAUAAUUUACAUGCCAAGAUUAUGGUAUAAUUUUGGAAAUCCACAACAACAAAAAACUGUCUUUCAGCAUUCAGACUCAUACACAUCUGCCUCAAGUUAUUAGAUAUCCAAGUUAUUGAGAUUGUAACAUCAUGGCAUGUAAUCCUCAUUUCUUACUUCUGAAAGUGCGAUCAGAAGAUUUGUGUUAGCUACUGACACAGUUGUGCUUUUUGAAGUGUCUUGAAUCAGAAAAGCCUUUUCCACAUCUCUUGCAGUAGUAUGGCCUGACUCCUGUGUGCACUUGCAUGUGGGUUUUGACAUGUUUGGCUUGUCUGAAUCGUGUCCCACAGACAUCACAGCUGAAAGGCUUCUCUCCCGCGUGGACUCGCUCAUGUCUUUUGAGAUUACCGAUAAAUCCAAAAGUCUUCCCACAAUCACUGCACUUGUGUGGUUUCUCACCUGUAUGGAUCAGCUCAUGUAUCUUAAGAGAUUGUUUUGUAAUAUAUCUCUUUCCACAACAACCACAAGCAUUGGGCUUCUCUCCAGUGUGUAAUUUCUGGUGAUAGUCAAAAGUAACUUUAUGGAGAGAAGUCUUUCCGCAUGUGGAACAAGUGUAUAUGUUUUCUCCUGUGUGAAUUCUUCCAUGUGUUUUCAGAGAACCGAUGGAGCUGAAGCCCUUCAAACAUAUCUCACAGCUGAAGGGUUUUGGUUGAUCGGUUUGUUUUUGUUGGUUGGCCUUGUUCUUUCUGGUUCUUGAGUGCCCCUCUCCAUCAGCCACGUGUGAUAGCUUGUGAAUUCUCAGUUGAUAAUUGUAAAGAUAAGUCUUUCCACAAACGUCACACAUAAAUGGUUUUAAUGCCCCAUGAACUAGCAUGUGAGCUUUUAAGUUGGUGGACUGAAUGAAUAUCUUUCCACACGCCUCACAUGUGUGCGGCCUCUUCUUCGUGUGAAUUCGAUGGUGUCUCGUAAGGUUCUCCUUAAAGAUGAAAGUAGCUUCACAUAUUUCACAUCUAAAUGGCUUCUCCCCUGUGUGAACUACCUGGUGCUCCUGCAAUUCGACAGGACGCCAGAAGGUCUUGUAACAGUGGGAGCAUGGGUGUGGGCGUUCUGUACGUUCAGUAUGUACAGAUCUAAUAUGCGUUUUCAGGUUUUGAGAUAUACUGAAAUUCUUUCCACAUGUAGUACAGCUGUAUGGUUUUUCACCUCUGUGAACUCGCUGGUGUACGUCAAGCAUGUACUUUGAGGCGAAACCUCGUCCACAAGUGAGGCAGGUGAACGGUUUCACCUCUGCAUGAACAAACUCAUGUGAUUUCAGAUUUGUCUUACUACUGAAUUUCUUUCCGCAAACUUUGCAACUGAAAGGUUUCUCUUUUGAGUGAGUUUGCAUGUGAUGAGUCAGGAUACAGUUCAGGCGGAAGGUUUUCGCACAAAUGUCACACUUAUAGGGCCCCUUAAGUUUAUUGUGAACUGCUAUAUGGCGUUUCAACAGACAGUUCGCUUGGAAGGUCUUCUCACAUAUGUCACACUUGAAGGGUUUCCUCAGCUUGGAAAUGCUCUGCUGUAUUCCGUGGCUGUUUUCUGUGGAUUCUGUGCCAUUAGCAGUAUGGCUGCUUGUUUCUUUUUCAUGACUGCCUCUCCCGCUGUCUGUUUCCUCUGGAACAACAGCUCUCAUUGGUUCACCCUUGGAUUCAGAGUCUCUAAAUGAGGGCUUUGUAUUCAGUUCACGUGAGUCUCCCACAGAGAGAAGAAGUCUCUGUCGGUUUACUGUAAGCCUCUGCAGCACCUACAGAUAAGAGGAAUAUACAGGCAUUAUGCUACAGUAAAUGACUGGUUUGACAGCCAUCUUUCAACACAACACAAAAUUGUACCAGCAACAACUGUAUGGCUGUGUCCCAAAUGGCACCCCUAUAUAGUGAAUAGGGUGAAGGGCUCGACUUACAGGGCUGCCCACUGGUCUCAGGAGGUUUUGGAAAUCCUCCAGUGCCAGUCAAUCAUCCAUGUCAGUGGCCCGCUUGAAAAAAACUCCUGAAGCUGUUAGCUCGUUAUGUAGAUUAUUUAGCACACUGUGCCACACACUGCCUACUUUGAGCGGAAUAUCACCGGGCAGCGAGAGCGUGCAGCCUUCAAACAACUGGUUGUGGAGCAGCUCACAGAAGAGCGGUAGGCACAGGAAAGCAGUAGAAAAUACAUUUCAAGUUAUGAAAUCUAGCCUACCAGUGAAUUUGAAGGCAAGAAUCGGUGGACAAACCUGGUGUUUAAAAAGUUUGGUCUGAUGUCUGAGCAGUGUUUUAAAAAUAUAUAUUUUUUAAAUCUGUAUUUAAAAAAAAAUCUGUCCUACAGAUAAAAAAUAAAAAAAAUGUUUCAUGAGAUUGGAGAACAUUAAGGGAGGGAGUUUAGACAAUUCCUCCAUACAGAAUCUUUCCAGAUCCUUGAUAUCCUUUGUCUGCACUUAUGGACUGCCCUCUUAAAUUCAAACCAAAGAUUUUCAAUGGUGUUCAUCUCCGGAGACUGAUUUUGUGGUCAAUUAACCAUUUCUUUGUGGAAUUUGAUGUGUGCUUGGGGUAUUUGUAUUUUGGCUCCCAAGUGGCGUAGCAUCACUACAGUCCCUGGUUCGGAUCCAGGCUGUAUCACAUCCGGCCGUGAUUGGGAGUCCCAUAGGGUGGUGCACAAUUGGCCCAGCGUCGUCUGGGGUAGGCCGUCAUUGUAAAUAAAAUGUGUUCUUAACUGACUUGCCUAGUUUUUUUUGUCUUGCUGGAAGAAAGAUACACUUUCGGGCAGGUUUCAGCCUCCUGGCAGAGGUAACCAGGUUUUUGGCUAAAAUGUCCUGGUACUUGGUAAAGUUCAUGAUGCCAUUGACCUUAACAAGGGCCCCAGGACCAGUGGAAGCAAAAAUAGCCCCAUAACAUCAAAGAUCCACCACCUUAUUUACAGUAGGGAUGAGAUACUUUCUGCAUAUGCAUUGUUCUUUUGAAGGCCAAAGAGCUCUAUUUAUAUUUCAUAUGGCCAUAGCAUGCACCGGUUCCAAAGCAUUUACACAAGUAUUCACACCCCUGAGUCAAUACUUUGUAGAAGCACAUUUGGCAGCGAUUAAAGCUGUCUUUCUGGGUAAAUCACUAAGAGCUUUCCACACAUCUACCGGUUAUUCUUUUCAAAAUUCUUCAAGAUCUGUCAAAUUGGUUGUUCAUAAAAACCUGGUUACUAUGCUUUGUAUUCUGUACAGGCUUCCUUCUUUUCCCUCUGCCAAUUAGGUUAGUAUUGUGGAGUAACUACAAUGUUGUUGAUCCAUCCUCAGUUUUCUUCUAUCACAGCCAUUAAACUCUGUAACUGUUUCAAAGUCACCAUUGUCCUCAUCCCUGAGCGGUUUCCUUCCUCUCCUGCAACUGAGUUAGGAAGGACGCCUGUAUCUUUGUAGUGACCUGGUGUAUUGAUACACCAUCCAUAGCAUAAUUCAUAACUUCACUAUGCUCAAAGGGAUAUGCAAUGUCUGCUUUUUUAUUUUUACCCAUCUACCAAUAGGUGCCCUUCUUUGCGAGGCAUUGGAAAACCUUCCUGGUCUUUGUGGUUGAAUCUGUGUUUGACAUUCACUGCUCGACUGAAGGGCCUUACAGACAAUUGUAUGUGUGGGGUACAGACAUGAUGUAGUCAUUCAAAAAUCAUGUUAAACACUAUUAUUGCACACAGAGUGAGUCCAUGCAACUUAUUAAGGACAUUUUUACUCUUGAACUUAUUUAGGCUUGCCAUAACACAGGCUUAAUACUUAUUGACUCAAGACAUUUCAGCUUUUCAUUUUUAAUUAAUUUGUAAACAUUUGAAAAAAUAUAAUUCCACUUUGACAUUAUGGGGUAUUAUGUGUUGACCAGUGACACAAAAACUCAAUGUAAUCCAUUUUAAAAUCAGUCUGUAACACAACACUAUGUGGACAAAGUCAAGGGGAGUGAACACUUUAUGAAGGUUCCCAGUUGUUUAUUGGGUAAACCACCAACGUCUCAGCAUCCCUGUGCCUUCUUCAGGGCGAUGUCAUGAAUGCAUGAACCAGGUUAUGUAGACAAACUGUGUUAUUAGUGCAACCAAUGACAAUAGUGAGGGGUUGUGUCAUAGUAAUUACAGUGAUGAAGAUGAAAAGUGAAACUGUUAAAGCAAAAAGUUUACAGCAUGUUGAAUAUAUUAGGGUAUUGUUUUCAUUAUCAUAUUGCAACAUGAUUAGAUAUUUUGCAUAGUAUUAACAUCAACAUUCAUUAUUUCAUUUCAUAUACUUAUUUCAUUGUUUCCAUUUGAUCUUUGUCACAUGUCAUUUUUUGGUUCAAACAUAACAUCUUGGGGCACGCUGAUAAGCUCUGGAAAGAAUGUGUUCACUUGACAGACUUGUUCAUAUAAAAGGGGACUUGUUCAUAAAAAAGGGCCUGAGAACAAAGUCAAUAUUAAGACCACUAGGGGUCAGUGUUUCUAGAUAGGACAUUCAGUAGGUCUCCCUCAAUAGUAGGGUCUCCUCUCCUUGGUAGAGUAAUAUGCUCGAUACCUCCUUGGUAGAGUAAUAUGCUCGAUACCUGUGUAUUUGAGGGAGGAGAUAGAAUGGUUAGCUUCAACAAAGUGAGCUGCUACCAAGUAGUCAGUGUUCUUACACCUGAUUGCGUUGCGGUGUUCAGCUAUGCGUUGUUUUAAUUGUCUUUUCAAUUAUCCUACGUAGACUAUUCCACAGGUGAUGAGAUAGAUUACUCCUUUUGUCUUACAUGAAAUGACAUCGCUAACAGGGAUUUUUCGACCUGUGUGUGGGUGUCUGAAGAAGGAUGUUUUUCGUAGUGCUCUUACACUGUACACAUGAGCCACAUUUGCAAUUCCCAUUUUGAAUGGGUGCCAAGAUUGUCUGAGUGGGCUCAGGGGGCAGGUCAGAUCUCACUAGGCUGUCCCCAAUAUUGUGGCCACGCUUAUAGACCACUAGUGAAGGUUCCUUAAAGAGGUGUGCAAUUUUUGUGUGUGCAGAAUAAGUGUAAUGGUAUCAAAUACAUCCAACAUGGUUUCCAUUCCAUUCGCUUCGUUCCAGCCAUUAUUAUGAGCGUUCCUCCCCUCAGCAGCCUCCCCUGAUGCCAGUGCUUUUUCAGGAUUGCUCUCAUUUUCUCUGAACACUUGGUAUACUUUGUGCAGAAGACUUGCGUUGGGUUUCUUCUUUGGUUUAGUUUGAGCAGUUCCUCUUUUAGUGUUUGGGAUAUUUUAAUCAUUGCAUCAUCAAGAGUUUAUUUUGAAUUUGUGUGUAAUUUUCUUAGCAUUGGUGUCAAAAUAUGACCGUUGGCCACAGAUGCAUUUAGUCCUCCACAACUGGCCAUAUGAUAAACCAUUCUUGAGGGGAAUGGGAUGCAUACUGUCCGCAGUCUCUGGGCUUUGUGUAUAAGUCUCUGUGUAAUACGUAAUUAUUUUUAAUGAUCCAACUCUCUUGGCUAAGACUUGAGGAGAGACUGACUGCAUUACUUCUUAUUUUUAUAAGAAAUAUUAAUGUUGAAAAUCCCAAAUUGUUUGCAUAGUCAACUUACACACAGCUCUGACACACACACUUACCCCACCAGACAUGCCACCAGGGGUCUUUUCACAGUCCCCAAAUCCAGAACAAAUUCAAGAAAGUGUACAGUUUUAUAUAGAGCCAUUAUUUCACGGAACUCCGUUCCAUCUCAUAUUGCUCAAAUGAACAGCAAACCUGGUUUAAAAAAAAAGAUAAAGCAACACCUGACGACACAACGCCUCUCCCUUAUUUGACCGAGAUCAUUUCUGCAUUGAUAUGUAGGCUACGUGUGCCUUUAAAAAAAUGUAUGUAGUUCUGUCCUUGAGCUGUUCUAGUCUAUUAAUGUUCUGUAUUAUGUCAUGUUUCAUGUUCUGUGUGAACCCCUGGAAGAGUAGCUGCUGCUUUCGCAACAGCUAAUGGGGAUCCAACUAAAAAUAAAUAAAAAACUUCCUUCCCA